AUGUACCUGGACACUGAUAACACAUUACUAACCGCGAAGAUGCCAGCCCUAGACCACGAGUACUUCCAGUCGAUUCCGUGGUGUGCAAAGCUGUUGGCAGAAACCGAUGUCGUCAUCCUUGCCACGCCCUCUCGCCAGAGAAAGGAAAGCACCGAAGACGAGCUCGUUGCCGUUACACUGAAGACGGACAAGACCAUACGGUCUUGGUUGACAUUCUACAAAAGACCUGCGGCAGGCACCAUACGUGUGGAUGAAGUCUACAAUCUGCUGAGCUUAGGCCCGGGCGUCAAUGGCUACGCUCAUCUCGUUGCCGGUGGAAUCAUUGGAGUCAUACUUGAUGAAUGCAUGGGAUUUUUAGGGUUGAUCAAUCAGAGUCUAGGCGUGGAGGGCGCAGGAGGCUUUAUGGUCACAGCGAACCUGAAGAUCAAUUACGUGAAAGCUACGAUAUUCAAUUAUUGA